GCAGCGUACUUCCGGUGGUGUGAUCAACUAUGGCGACUGGGAUCAAAUUGGACGAAGGAAUGAACAAUAUUUCUCUCAUUUUACGGCGACUAUCUUGAUGUAGAUGGCUGCCAUGGGUAAGAAAAGAAAGAAGCUACUUCACUCGGCGCUAUGGGCCAAGAAGAACACCAUGAACAAAGAUGGCAGCACGACCCAGGGUAUCGGACAGCCCAGCAUCGUGCACGCUCUCAUCAUCAUCUUCCUGGAGUUCUUCGCCUGGGGACUUCUCACCAGUCCUGUCUUAAAUAUAUUACAUGAGACAUUUGGAGACCAUACAUUUUUAAUGAAUGGGUUGAUACAAGGUGUAAAGGGUCUGUUAUCAUUCCUGAGUGCACCUCUGAUCGGGGCUCUGUCAGACGUGUGGGGGAGGAAGUCCUUCCUGCUGCUGUCUGUGUUCUUCACCUGUGCACCCAUCCCGCUCAUGAGAAUAUCACCAUGGUGGUACUUUGCCAUGCUGUCCAUGUCGGGAGUGUUUGCUGUCACCUUCAGCAUCAUUUUUGCCUACGUGGCUGAUAUCACAGAGGAGCAGGACCGAAGUGCUGCAUACGGACUGGUGUCUGCCACCUUUGCAGCCAGUCUGGUGAUCAGCCCGGCGGUCGGUGCUUACGUGGGGAAGACGUACGGAGAUAACCUGGUGAUCGCCCUGUCCUCGGCCAUCGCCCUGCUGGACGUGCUAUUUAUACUGGUCGCCGUGCCCGAGUCCUUGCCAGAGAAGGUCCGACCGGCCUCCUGGGGGGCCUCCAUAUCCUGGGAGCAGGCCGAUCCGUUUGCUUCGUUGCGGAAGGUUGGACAGGACCAAGUCGUGCUGCUCAUCUGUAUCACAGUGUUCCUGUCAUAUCUACCAGAGGCAGGGCAGUACACAUGCAUCUUCCUGUAUCUCAAGGAGGUUAUGGGUUUUAAUGAGGAAGGAGUUGCCAAGUACAUAGCUCUUGUAGGGGUGCUGUCUGUCUUCGCACAGACCCAGUUACUGUCAGGUCUGAUGAGGAUGCUGGGUAAUAAGAACACCAUCAUGGUAGGGCUGGGCUUCCAGAUCUUCCAGCUGGCCUGGUACGGGUUUGGGACACAGACAUGGAUGAUGUGGGUGGCCGGAGUCAUGGCUGCACUCUCCAGUAUCAACUACCCCUGCAUGAGCUCCAUAGUGUCCAACAAUGCAGAUGCAGAUCAACAAGGUGUGGUACAGGGGAUUAUUACAGGUAUCCGGGGACUGUGCAAUGGGCUGGGACCGGCUCUCUUCGGCUUUAUCUUCUUCGUGUUUGACGUCGACCUGAACAAGUUGGACAGUCCCACAGCAGCGGCCAAUAAGACGUUAGCAGACCCUACAGCACAGAGUAUAAUACAGGGCCCACCAUUCGUGUUCGGUGCCAUCCUGGUUAUUCUAGCGCUGCUUGUUGCAUUCUUUAUUCCCGAACAUUCCUCGAAAUACGACCACUCCUCAAGGUCGUCUGCCAAACGGACAUUAAUGGUGAUGGAGGGAGGGGAGGAGCCGUUGUUACAAGUGGACUCUGACAACCCGUGAUGCUGUAGUGUAGUCACUUACCCAUGAUCUGGCCAUCCACAUGUGCAAAUACUGCAACUGACUUUGGAUCAACUGUAGCCUAUGGAAAAACUAACCUUUCGGAAGGACGACAGAUGCUAUGAACAGUACAUACAUGUUCUCCAUGUUGAAGUCACUUGAAUGAGAAUGAAUGAGACAAGCCAUGAUCUGACCAUCCACAUGUGCAGAUACUGCAACUGAAUUUCGAUUGACCAUAGCUUAUGGAAAAGUAACCUCUCACAAGGACAACAGAUGCUAUGAACAGUACAUUCAUACAUGUACAUGUUCUCCAUGCACAAAAUGUACAAGAAGGUCCCAGGAACCACUUUUAAAACUUGUAACAUGUAUGAAGAGGAAUAGUCAUAAUCCUUUAUCAGACAACCCAUAUUGAAAAUAAGUGUUACACAAAAAUGACAGUUUCCCCAAGUUUUCCCACUGGAUUGUGAUUUCAGACAUGGAUAGCCUUUUGCAAAAUGGCAAAAGAAAUGGGUGUCAGUAUCACAGUUCUGUAUAUACAAGUUUGAUGUACCAGUGAAAUUCUCCUAGCUCUCUGGGGCAAGUACAGUGAACUGUGGACCUUGACUAAGACCUUGUGUUUAGGGCUGAAACCCUUUCUGACAGCAAGUAUGUCAUGUGAGGGGCAGCACCUGGGAUUCAAACCCACAACCUUUAGAUCCAGAAACAAAAUCACCAUGCAUUGCAAAUGGCCAGUAACUCAGGAGAGGUAUUCUGUUGAUUGACUUCAGUUGGAGGUUUGACUGUCUACAGUAGAAUGUGCAUGUGGGAUCUCAUGUAAAUGAUACACAUUGUAGUAACCCAUACCUAUAGUGUCUGUGGGAUCCAUGUACAUACCAGAACACCCACAAGGGUUGAUCAUACACCCUGGAAAGUUGCAAGAAAGAUCAAACACAAGUCAUUUUAAAUUUGGGAAAGACACUGAAAAUUGGAAAGACGUGAUACUUCAACUUGGUGCUGAAUUUAAAGCCACUGCAGUUUCUCAUGUCAUGAAAAAAGCAUACUAGCAGUAUAUUUAUUUACACUUUCAAUAGUGAUUCCUGUGGAAAUCUUAACUUCUCCUUUCUGCUAAUAGAUAGUUUUGCCAUUAUGGUUAUAUGGAAGUUUCCAAACUCCCAGUGUCUUUCCUGAUCUAAAUUGACUACAUUAAGAUGUAAUGAUUUUUUAAUGUUUUGAAGACAAGACAAAAGAUGGUAACGUUAGGAACAAAUUCUAUAAGUCUGCAACUCGGAAAGUCGAUAAAGCCUUUGAUUGCUUUAUUAUAGCAUUGCGGGUAUUGUUUGAGAAAUGGAGGAAAAUUCAAAAUAUGUUUGUCACCUACAUAAUGUAUCAGAAAGAGAAUAAGAAAUCUAGCUGCUACACCUUGCAUAGAAUAGAAAGCCACAACAAGAACUGUCUGGUUUGACUUGUAAGGGACCAAAUGUUUGGGUCAUGUGUUAGAAUCUGUGUAGCCUGCUGGUAUCAUUCAUUCAAGCCCUAGUUCUCUCCUAUGACCUAGCACGUCGGCAUAACUCACUGCACCUGCGCAAAACCCAUAGUGUAUUGUUUAGAAUGUCUCAUGUAAGGUCAUAUUCGUGCACAUAAGGUUAACACUCGUUUGUAGUUUCCAAAUGUUAUGUCGGAAAAAAUAUCGUUGGCAACAGGCAAAAUUGUGAUGCAAUGUUGACCAAAAAUCCAACGAAAACCAUGAAAAAUGGUGGUUUUUGCGCAGGCGCAGUAUGUUCUGCAGACACGUUCUAUGACCUUAUCUACAGGAAGGCUAUCAGAGGAGCAACCUGGAUAUAGAGUAGGAAGGGUACGAAGCUAAAAUCUGUGCUGUAUUGUUCUACAUGUUUGUCUUGUUUUGUCUCAUUCGUUCAGUGUUCAAUCUAAUCAAUUCUUCUUGGAAAUCUCCUUGUGUUCGUGUGUAGGGGAGGGCCAUAAUUUUAACUCACAACUUGUGGACGGAAAGAAAGAACUACAGAAAGUAAAUAUAGAUGUAUUGGUUUAGAAGAAUAUUUGGGUCCUUACUACCCCCUAAAAUAUGACCAUGGAACAGCCAUCCACCAGCAACCCUAUCUCAGGAGAAAUAUUUCUUUUGUAUUUAAUACCUUUGUGUGCUGUUGGGGCUUUAUGUGAUUGUUACAGUGUAGCCACAUGACUCAAGCCGAAUACUUACAGAAUGUAACUUGUAAUCCUAUGUAUGUGUUAACUGUUAAUAAUAUGAUGCUCAGUGUUUUUAUUGUCAUGUACCAAGAACAUAACCUUGUUGCUUCAAAAUAACAUAUUAUGAUAUUGAUAUUCUCAUGUUUUCCAAAUAAAAACAAGAAAUUAGA